AUGUGGAUCCAGAGAGAUCUGACUCUGCGGGCACGUGUUUCUGCCAAGACAGAAGAGAAGAAGUUGGAAUCGCUGUAUCUUCGGUGGAGUGAGCACCAUAAAAAACUUUGCAAUUUCAUAAGGACUAAGACUGAGCCUCCAAUUUAUUAUUUGCCAAAGAAGCCACUGGAGGCUGAUGCAAAUGAAGCUGAGCAGCGGAAAGAACAGGCAUUUGAAGAAUGGAAGGCUUCUAGGAGAGAGGAACUGACCCAAUACCAGAAAGAGAUUGGGGAGCAAUAUCUUGCCAAUGUUGAGAAAGAGUUGGAGAGGUGGCAAAAUGCAAGGAAUAGGAAAGCAAAUAAUGAUGUGCUGAACUUGCAGGAAACAAUGGACAAAGAAUUGGACACCCAUAGACUUGAGCAUGGUCCCAAGAAAAGAACGAUUCCGAGCGAAAGCAACAACGAAGAGGAAGAUGACGUGGAGGACAUGAAUGGGGAGGAUGACAUGAUGGAUGAUGUGCUAGAUGUGGACGACAACACUCGAAGGGGUGAAGAAACAACUAGGACGAGAUCUUUGCCGAUAACGCCAGCCCAAAUGCAGAUAAAAUUGAGUAGUGACAGUUAUUACAAUCUUCUUAAUGGCCUCUUUCUUUUUUGUUCUUGUUUUAUUUUGGCUGAUUAUUUGUAGUUGGUGGCUCAUAUAUGUGUUUGUUGUAGGCAUUUUUUUCUACUUGGUUCUAAUGCUUUUUACACCUCGAGUUCUUGAUCUUUUAGGAUCAAAUGUAUUUUUCUUUUUAAGCCUUCAA